GUUGUUCUUCACUCUUCCCCUCUGUCUUUCUCUCUUGUCCUUGGGCCAUCAAUCCUUCGACAUCUCUUCUCAUUCCAUUUCACCAUUUUAGGUUUUUUUCUUUGCAGUGAAUCUGGGUUCACCAUCACCAGUGCUGGAUUUUUUUCUUCCUCCUCUCCUCUCUCUCUCAAUCCUUCAAAAAUCAAACUUCUUCCUUCCUUUCCCCACUCAUCCUUUUUCUUUCGUCUUUCUCUUUUUCUUUCUUCUUUCUCUUUUUCCUUCUUCUUCCUCUCCCAAUCAAACCCAGAUCUAAGUUUUUCUCAAACCCAAAUCUGGGUUUUUCUCAAACCCAAAUCUGGGUUUUUCUCAAAUCCAGCUAUCCUAAGAAAUGGAUAAACUCGGUGUGUAAAAGCCACCACCUGCAGGACUCGCUACACAAGCACAUGGUGGAUCUCGAAAUGAAUCUUCAGAUGGCCUCCGAAGAGAUUGCUGCCUCUCUCAAGGAGCAGAGCGCUUCCGCCCUUCUCCGUGUCCCUCGUGCCACCCGUGACGUCCUCCACCUCGUGCCACCAGCAAUUCCGUUGCUGGAAUCCUCAACAAGCUCAAGAAGGUCUGUUGUUCUUAUUAUCUUUCCUUCUGUUAGAGAUCUUGUGUCAAUUUCGUGUUGCUUGGAUCUUGAGAAAGUGCAGGGGAGAUGCUGCAGGGUUAACACAAUGGAGAUCUGGGUUCCAACGAUGUGCAGGAUGAGAGAGGAGGAGAAAAACCUAGAUCUGGCGAGUAAAGUAUGGGAGAUCUAUGGCACCACAAAACUUCCACAGCUUAUUCAAGAAGCACUCAAGGAUUUUGUUGAAAAGGCUGAGUUUGUUGGUGAUGGAGGAGUAGGAUCUACUGUCAAACUUGUCUUUGUACCAGGAGUGAUACCCGGGAUUACUUGGUACAAGGAGAAGUAUACCAAGGUUGACAAUGAGAAUCGAGUGAAGGAAACAGAGGAUGUGGAAGGGGGAUAUCUGGAUUUGGGCUUCACUCUGUAUAGAGUUCGAUUCGAGAUCAUUGAGAAAGAUAAGGAUUCAAGCAUCAUCAAAUCAACUGUUGAGUAUGAUCUCAAGGAUGAAGCUGCAGCUAAUGCCUCCAUCAUCAGCAUUGCGCCAUAUGCCAAGCUUGCACAAGCUGCGAAAGAGCAGCUCAUUAAAACCAAAGCUUAAUCAAUUAAUUAUUAGAAAUGAGAUUAAGCAUGAUGAUACGGGUAUUUCAUCAUAAUUAAGCAAUAUAAACCUAAAAAAUAAACGUAUAAAUAGCUAGUUCCUUAACUUUCAUCCUGUUGGAUGUUUAAAAAUAAGUAUUGUGUAAUUUGAUAUGUAAAAUUGAGUAUCCCUUGUAUUCUAAAUUAAGUUAAUAAUAUAUUGUUUUACUUUUA